AUGGUGUUCCGAAAGAUACUUGCUAGCAAAUCACAUCACAGUCGUCACCAUCAUAAUUCUCUCCACCACCACCAUCAUCUUAGCCUCAAGUGGCCAAAACGCCGUCAUACACUCAUUUCAAACGUUACCGGAUCCAAUGAAACAAAAUAUCUAUCGCCAUUUAGAAAUAGUACAGAUACGGGAAGUAGAAAACGUGAUAGAUUGAACGUAAAAAUAAAGUCGCUGAGAAAUAAGAUUCAUAUGCGGUUCCAUCCCACAUACAUAAUUGAUGACACGGCUACAGUAACCAGUGAUGAAAAGUAUGAUGCUUACGGAGAAACUAAAAGAGACGAGCUCACCACAAUGUCGUUAGAAGAACUUUUCCCCAGGUCUAAUCGGUAUCGAAUCCCUGAGGAUAAUGAAGAAGAAACGAAUAGCGUUAUUCACAGGGAAUUGGGCAAAAGUGAAAAUGAAAAUGAAGAUGAAAAUGAUUACCCCAGAUGGGGAAACGCGGAACAACGCUACAGUUUUGAAAACGACCAGUUCAAUGAGGACGAAAUUGUGAACAGAAUAAGGUCUGAAAUCAGGACUACAAAAUUGAACUCCGUAAAAACCAGUAACAGAACACUGGCAAAAGCUACAGAGGCCCAACUAAUUGGAAAAAGGGUUCUCCAGCAGUUAAGUUGCCAAAGUAAUCAACUAACCAAGAUCGAGGAUAAUUGCGACAUUCUUAAAAUCCAAUCUAAUGUGGCUGACAAAAAAAUCGACGAACUUGUUCAUGAAAAUAGAAGUUUGUUUGCAUUGACAUCACCCAACCCGUUUAGGAAGAAAAGAGAAAGAGAAAAACAAAACCAAAUCAAUGACUUGAAGAUGAAACAGUAUCAUCUACAGCAGGAAACCAUGAAACGGGCCCAAGAAUCUGGGAGAAACUUAGCCGUACGCCUAACUUCUAACUAUGAGCGAUAUGAUAAAGAGGAAGAACGACAAUAUAUUCUCAAAAACGCCCAAAAAUAUCAGUUUGAACCUGAUGAAGAAGAUAAUAGGAUGGAAAUUGAAUUGUACGAAAACUUUGAACAAAUAAAAGCAGCGAGUGGCAACUUGAAAGAAAUGGCUCAAGCAUUUGGCAGAGAGUUUGAAGCACAAAAUUCCAGAAUGUUUGAUAUCGAAAACAACGUACAACAGGUGGACGGCGCCUUACAAGCCAAAAGAUUUAGAUUAGACAGGGUGAUAGGAAGAAAAGAGUAA